CCUGUAUCCCUGCAGGUGCAGAGGCUCUUCUGACUCUGGUUCCUAAACUAAUGCUGAAGCUCAGAGAGGAGGAAGAGGAGGAGGAAGAGGAUGUGCAGGUGCUGCUCCUCUCCACCCUCAGCUCCUGCUCCUGUCUGGACCCUCUGCCGGCUCUGGCCUCUGACGGUGUCUCGCUCCUGCUCCACAAACUAUCCGACAGCUCCACAGACAUCCGCAGAGAGGCGACGGCAGCCUUGAUGGUCCUCAGUGUGUGUGAGGACGGUAUGCGGCAGGUGUGUGAGGAGGAGGUGCUUCCUGUCCUGGUCGACCUGCUGCGGGACGAAGACGUAGAGGUUCAGGCCAACGCUGCCGGAGUCAUCAUGUACGCUGCGAUCAUCAACGAAGGUAAGCGACAGUGUCUGGACCUGGACGUCAUACCCAUCCUCCUCAGUCUGGUGUCCCAGGACGGAGAGGAGGAGAAGGACAAGGAGAGGAAGAAGGCUCUGGUCAUGUACUCCCUGAGGGCCCUGACCGCGCUGGCUGAAGCUCCGCAGGGCCGCUGCCUCCUGCUGGAGCAGCUCCCCCUGCUCGGGAGGAGGAGCGAGGCUGCAGAGGAGGACCAGGACAUCCGGAGGAACGCUCAGAACGCAGUUAGGGUCAUCACCUGGACUCCCUGCAACACUGGUGACCUCUGACCUCUAGAAUACAGCUGCUAGCCAGCCUCAGCUUAACAGAUAAUAAAUAAUUUUAUGAAUUAUUAAUAUUUUUAUUCUUUGCAACACUACAGUUGAAAUGGGCUCAAUAGGGUCAAAUCAGAUUUCUUGGAGGACUAAUCCAUAUUUUCCAAGGGUCUUUCAUGUGUUUCAACUUUAAAAAGUAUUCUUUACAAAUAGAUAUCAGUUGUAUGGGUGGUUCAUUUUGUACAUUGAAAACAAAGUAGCUGUGUAUGGCCUGUUGCACUCUGAUUGGUUUGUACAUGAUUGGGAUGGGUUGGCAUGGGAAGUGAGGUUCGUUGACGGUAAGAAUAUCAGGGUAAGCCAAUCAGAGGCAUGAAUAUAUAAAAUCAGUUUGGCAGACUGGGACUAAAAAUCAGCCCGGGCAUCUCAACCGGCCCACUUCGGUACCGCUAGUA